AUGGCCGCUUUUAUGCCAAUGGAUCUGCUUGCCAGGGCCAGGGACGAAAUAGCCAGCGAUGAACCUAUACAUGUUAGUAAAGAAGGUAAAGAAAAACCAGAAAGUUCGUCUUCCAACGCUGAAAAUAUCAAUGACUCAGACUACGCCAAAUAUGUUUAUGAUGAGCUUGACGAAGAUGCAACUUUCCAGUCUUUGUUCGACAUGCUCGUGGAAAUGUUCCCUAUGAUACCACGAAAUGAGGUAAAGAUGAUAAUGAGACUUUCUAAUAGUUUCGCAGAACUUAUCGAUAUCUUGCUACCUGAAGCGGACCUCUACACUUUCCUAAAUCACAUUGAAGAAGAUGUUGCAAACAAAGCAGAAGCAGUAAAGGAAAAUGCAAAGAGAAAGCGAACUAAAAAGAUAGGAAAUCAAAAGAAAGCUCUCCACGAAACGAAGGAAGAAGUUGAAAGAGAAAAAAUAGCAUUGAGAGAAAGAAUCAAAAAGGAACAGGCAGAAUUGAGAGAACAGAUCGAGAAGGAACAGGCAGAAAAGAAAAAACAAAUUGAAAGGGAACAGGCAGAAUUAAGAGAACAACUUGCAAGAGAACAGGCCACCUUGAAAGAUGUCAAGCAGUACCAUAGAGACGUCUACGAAUUGAAGCACAUAUUCCCAGAUCACGACUUUGAAGUUUUGAACCAACAGUUGCAACUUAGCAAUGGUGAUAUUGAAGUGGCUAUCCACAAGCUUCUUGAAGGAGUGCCUGAAAAAUAUGUUCCACCUCCAACAGCUGAAAUCCCAAAUGCAACUAUUAAAAAGAAUGGUGACAGAAUACAGGCACUUAUCGAUAUACCCCUAGGCGAAAUUUUCAAUUGCUUACGUGCAAACAAUGGCCAGAUUGGCCAGACAUUGGUUGCAUUAAUCAAGAAGGGAGUUCAAAGUAGAAAACGAAGUAAUUCGCAUGAUAUUCAGGGCGGUAGGGUACAAAGGGGCAAAACUAGGAAUGUUUCUGCUGUUAGUGUCAAAAUUAUUAAUAAGAAAUCUCCAAAUCCAACUAUAGAAAAGAAGGUAUUAGAGUAUCUGAACUCGCCCGAAGCCAAAGAAUUAUACUUGUUGUAUCACAGUAAUCCUUCUUUCCACGGUAUUAGUGAGCAGUUCUUGUAUAUGAUUUUGAAUACUGUUAAUGGAGAUGUAUUCAAGUCCAUCGAGAUAUGCCGUUUGAUCAUCGAAUAUCAUUGUGAGCACCUUACUAUCGGAACUGGGAAGGUAGAAAGGAGGGCAGAAGAACCCGAAGAGAUGACUUAUGUUGAUGCCAUUAAAAACAAAAAACCCAAACAACAAACCUACGGUGAUGACGCCAUGGAUAUGAUGAGUAUCAAAUUUGAGAGCUUCAAGUCGAGAAGAGAAGAGAUCACCCAUUCUCACAAGACGGAGUAUAACGCGAGAAAGGGAGGUUUCCUAGAAACUAUAGAUUUGCAUAACCUCAGAUUGGCUACUGCUAUGGAACACACAAAGCGAGCCUUGCGUGCUUGGUGGGAUCACGAAAUGGAAUUAAGGACUGUCGACGGCAGAAUGGACAAAUUUGGAAGCCGUGCUGCAUGUGUAGCACCAUUUGUUGUGAUCACGGGAAGAGGCAUUCAUUCAGCUGGAGGAGUUGCUGUGAUUAGAAGAGGCGUCAAGAACUUUUUGGAUUCAGCCGGUUAUCUCUAUGAUGAGCAUACCGGUAGGUUUGAAGUAACCGGCAAAAUCUGA